CUUUUUUUUUUAACCAGGUGGCAUUUGUUAGCUGUACUUAUUAGAUGCUUGCUCUCCAGCAGUAGUUCUUGAUGAGAUGAUUCUUGAAGAAUGGGAUUCCUUGAUAAGCUAGUCUCAUUGUUCGGAAUUAAAAAGAAAGAGUGCCGUGUUGUGGUUGUUGGAUUGGACAACAGUGGCAAGACAACUAUCUUGAACCAUUUCAAGCCUACAGAAGCAAAGGACACUCUCAUCGUUCCCACAAUUGGAUUUGCUGUUGAGCAGUUCAAAUAUAAGAAUGUGGUCUUCAGUGCCUGGGACAUGUCUGGUCAGAGUCGCUACCGGAACUUAUGGGAGCAAUAUUAUCGAGAUUGUCAAGGAAUCAUCUUUGUGAUCGACAGUGCAGACUCCUUGCGUCUGGUUGUGGCCAAGGAUGAACUUGACAUGCUUUUGGAGCAUGAGAACAUUCAAGCACGACAUAUCCCCAUACUUCUAUUUGCAAAUAAAAUGGAUCUGAAAGAUGCCAUGUCGCCUUUGGAGAUAUCUCGGAGUCUCGAACUCAGUAAGCUGCAGUUGACAGACAUGGCUCCGAUCGAAGAAGCAACUCUUCGCCCCAUCGUCUACUACGAGUUCCUCCAAGGGCAAUCUGCGAGAGCCGCCGCGGACAUCAGCGCUGCAUUCAAGGGCAACGUGGUCCACUAUUCCACGGUGUCUCGAUGA